AAACAAAGCAUGAUAAGUAUAUUAUGCUGCCCUAUGUGGCGACAAAAUAAGUCAUGUUAUUGGCAUUUCCAUUACAUGUCUUGUGUUUCUGAACAUUCUUAGACUUUGGAGGUAGAUAAAAUCGAACUGAAAAUAUAUCAAAGUUUUUAUGUUGUGGAUGUUGUGAGCGAAAAAUGGGGAACAGUUGCUGAAUCUUCCAUGUACACAGAACAGCAGUAAUAGAAAUAUGGAGAGCAACACAAUACCAAAACUCUUCACUCCCGGGGACUACGCGGUCUGUAUCACCAUGCUUGUCUUGUCGCUCGUCAUCGGACUCGUUGCCGCCUACGUCGAACGCCGUCAUCGUGGCCGACAUCGGAUUACCUCCGAACGCUUCCUUCUUGGCAGUCGACGUCUAAACGUCAUACCCGUUUCGAUGUCAAUGACGAUCCCAUUCGCAGCAGCUAUUAAUAUCCUGGGCACCCCGGUUGAUGUGUAUAUGUAUAAUACAAUGUUUUGGUGGAUAUGUUUGGCUUACAUCAUCGGUGGUGCCAUUGUGUGUCGGAUGUUUGUGCCUUUGUAUUUCAACAUUGGCGUUGUAAGCGCUUUUGAGUAUUUAGAGCUUCGAUUCAACAAGACUGUGAGAGUAUUCUGCAGUCUACUAUUUAUUGUACAGAUGAUGGUAUAUCUCGGCAUUGUUUUGUAUGUGCCAUCAUUAGUAAUUCAAACUGUGACUGGCUUCAAUUUAUGGGCGAGUCACACUAUAAUCCUGGUCGUUGCUCUUAGUUUUACAACGGUGGGAGGAAUGAGAGCAAUCGUUUGGUCAGAUGUUCAUCAGACCAUCAUCAUUCUCCUAGGUCUCAUUGCUGCCGUUGUCAUGGGAACGAACCAGGUUGGAGGAAUGGGAGAGGUGAUGCGAAUAGCACGAGAGAGCGACCGUUUCAAACUAGCGGUGGUGAGUUUUGAUCCUACUGUCCGUCAUACCGUAUGGUCAGUAGUAGUCGGUAUGACUGUCAUUGUAGUAGGUACAAUGGGAACCAAUCAAGUCAUCGUGCAGAAGUACAUAAGUCUACAGUCACAAACACAGGCAAAAAUGGCCGUCAUGUUAUCAUCACUUUUAAAGGUGGUGGUAGUGUCACUCUGUGUAUUACUAGGCCUAGUAGUCUAUGCUGCUUACAGCCUUUGCGAUCCUUACACUGUUGGACAGAUCUCGCAAAUUGACCAGCUGACGCCCUUCUUUGUGAUGGAUCUGUUUUCAUCUAAACCUGGACUUCCUGGUUUAUUCGUUUCAACAAUACUGGCUGCAUCCAUCAGCUCACUAUCUUCAGGUCUAACCUCUUUGUCGGCGGUAACAGGUGAAGACGUUCUUAAAGCAUUCUGGCCAAAUAUUAGUCUCAAUAAAUACAGCUGGAUUCUACGCAUUCUAACAUUGCUUUAUGGGAUUGUAUCACUUGGAUUUGCUGCACUUGCGAGUAGCUUACAAGAGAGUAUUUUACCCCUUACUAUUUCUCUGUUUGGAGUUGUAGGUGGAAUUGUAUUAGGGAUAUUCACGCUAGGAGUAUUCUUUCAUCGGAGUUCGUCUCAGGGAACCAUGGUCGGAGCUGUGCUAGGCCUAAUUGUCGUCGUGUGGUUGAAGCUCGGAUCCACAGUCUCAUCGUCGGGAUCGCUUGGGGAAUUCAACAACCUGGUCGUUGGCGGGUGCAAGUACAUCAAUACAACGACUAUAGCGGACGACGUCGCGGCGACGACCGCAACCACUGUAUUGCUCACAACUGUUGCCCCGCAAAGACGGAGGUUUCUGGCAGGCUUGUAUCGUUUAUCCUACCAAUAUUAUGCACCAUUAGGACUGGUCGUCACAGUAGCCCUGGGCAUGAUUGCAAGUGCCGUUUCUGGAUUCGGAGAUCCGGCUUCUGUGGAUCCUGGGCUUAAGCUGUAUGUUGUAGACUCAUUGCUGUGCUGUUUACCCGUAUGUUUGAAGGAUCUAGUACGAAGAGAUGGUCAGCAUAAGGAAUAUACAUAUCCACAAAGCAUCGAUGAAAAACCCAACGAGAACGACAAGGAGACAUUGGAUCAUGAGGCAUCCGAAUUACAGUCAGAUAUCCGAGAAGAACCGACUGAAAAUUCGCACCAGGAUUAUGAAACCACGACGUGGUUGUGACGGUCACCACAUUCUUCACGCGUGUCGUUUUGUUAAAGUGCAAGUGGUUAGGCUUACCUUUUAUAUAAGUCCUGAUAAUAAAGUUAAAUUAAAGUACAUGCAGUGAAGAAUUAUCUUGAUGAAACUUUCGAGCAAGAUUUUUUUUUCUUCUGAACUAGAAAAGUAAAUAGUUUUAUAAAGGCGCAAUGCGUUAGACAGUGUAAGAUGGGCUGAGUUUUGCUAUGGUGCAUUUUUUAAAUAUUCCUUGAACAAAUUCCUUCAUUCAUGAUUCGGGCAUCAAAGGUCGAUACUAAAAAAAGAUUAGAAUGUUGACGAAUAAAAUGAUUCAACCUCACAAUAACACUUUUCUUUUAUAAAAUGUGGGGUCUAGGAAGGGUUUUCUAGUACGUAAAUAGCACUCGUGGGCAUGGGCGGAAAUCUGUCCCGAAAGGUAGGGGGGACAACAGGGGCGGAUCCAGCCUUCGCCUAUGGGGGGGGGGGGCGAAUUUUUUUCCAGCCAUAUGUUAAUCCCCGAUCGGCCGCUCGAAGAUGAUUUUUGUUUGUUUCAUUGAAGGAGUAGUCCUCAUGGCCACUUUUUAGCUUUAUUCUUAUAAUUCAACAUAAAUAUAUUAUAUCAUAAUCCUUAUCUAUAUAAUGCGAGCGCAAAGGGGAAAUUUUAUGUAUUUUUUCCUAAAAUUUGAACAUUCUGGGCAAUGUUUGUUAUCCUGGAAAAGAUGUAUAUGCAACUGAAUAAUUACCUCGAACGCGAAGUGCGAGCAGAUGAUAACUGAUGGAAAAGGUUAGCCAUGAAUACAUUACAUAUUUCAACAAUCAAAUCAGGCGAGCGCGAAGUGUGAGCUUAAAUUUUUUUGAAAUUUUUGCCUAAAGAAUAGAAAUUCUGAGCACUUUUUGUAACUGAAACAUAUAGUAGCUAUAUAACUAACCAAUUGAUGCAAGCUAAGCGCGAGCAGAAAAAUUCGAGAUUUAGACCUAAAAACGGGACACUCUAUUCAUGUUUUGUAAAUCAUGAAAAGGAUGAGUAAUAGGGGAUCUUUCUACAUUAAUAAUGCGAGCACAAAGCGCGAGCAGAAAAUUUUUGAUCUUGUGAUCUGAAACUGGAUAAUGAUUUAAAUAGAGAACAAGUUGAAUAUCUGAAUAAACAUGCGCGUGUUUCAGAUUUAGACCUAGAAUCUAGGCAUUCUACACCUCUUUUAUCAUGAAAAAUCUGAAAAAGAGUCCAUUUCAGCUAUAUAUUUCAAGCACUUUGUAGGACAAUUGUGAGGUGGAUAAGAGCUGAUAUUUUUCAUUGUUAUUUGAGUUUUGACAUAGGACCGGGACAUCCUUGGGACAUGUCAUAAUUACGAAAAUGAUGACUAUCUUCCUAUUCCUCUUGCGAAGCGCGAGAUGAAACAAAAGGGACAAUUUAAUCGUUAGAUUAUUAAUAUCUUAUUUAUUAAUUCCUAAUUAGGGCGAGAAAUCUGAUGAUAUUAUGGCCUGAAAACUGGACAUUUCAAGCAAUUUUGUAAUUAUGAAUAGAAUGCAUUAGUCAAAAUAUUUUUUAACCAUUAAUGCGAGCGCAAAUCGCGAGCCAAAAUCUUUGAUAAACUGUCAUGAAAAUCAAUAUUGAGACAUAAAUAAAUCGCCAAUUAAAAUUUGAGCGAGUAGCCAGCGCUAUCUGAUACGUUUUGACAAUCAGACUUGAUUUUUU